AUGUCUGGUUCAGAGGGCUUUUCUCAAGCUCAGAUUCUGAAGGCUCUCUGUCUCAUUAUGACGAAUGAUGAUCGGUUUUUCUCGUUACCUUUACUAUCAGCUGUCUCCUUCGUUGUUUUGGUACCAUGUGAAGGACCACGAACAUGGGAGUGCAUCAUGUUUCAGUUUCAAUAUUUGGUUCCUGAGCUUCUGUUUCAGUUUCAACAGUUGGUUGGGUACUCUUUCGCUUUGCACAAUUGGAAGAGGGUUGCCAGCAGAAAAGUCGGCAAAGUGAAGUUGAAUGAGCAGAGAGCAAUAUGCUACGACUCGCCGGUCACUCUGGUUGCACAAUAA